CAGGGAAGAGACGGAGAGAACAGGGCGCAAACCGGUCCAAAAGGAUAUUAAAGAUUGCGCAGGAGGGACAGACAUUUUUUAAAUCAUUCUGCGGGUGAUCGUUUCUCUCACGAUAAGAUUCUGCGCCUUAAGCGUUUCUCCAGACCCAUCUCCACAACACCAUCGGGCAGAGUCCUUAGCCGAUCUUCGUUGCCGGCAUUCGUCGAGUGCUGCUGUUGAAGCGCUCUUGAGAAGCAUUCGGAUCCCGAACCCCGGAAUCCAUGCCGGCAAUGCUUUAUUUAAAGUAACCUGGGGAAUCCCCUCGACAUCCGUUCUUUCCCCUCUCUUUUUGAUUCGAUGGGUUGACAGUGACCAUCUUCAUCUUCAAUAUCUUUUCACUUGCUGGACUAUAGCCGAGGUUGGCCUCCAGCGUGCAUACAACAGCUGUUCAGCUUCUAGGAAGAUAAUUCAAUUGAAAGACGAGAUUUUUUAUAUAUCCACUAAUAUGGCUUCUCCAAUUCCUCGAGGCCUCCGUCAGGUCCUCCAGAAGUCGCCUUCGGACAUUGUCAUUCUCUCCUCCCUUCGUACCCCAGUGACCCGUGCCAAAAAGGGUGGUUUCAAGGACGCAUACCCCGAAGAGCUCCUCUCCAGUGUCCUCAAGGCUACUUUGGAAGCCAACCCGAACCUCGACCCGGCUGCGAUCGAUGAGGUGGCAAUUGGUUCCGUGCUUCAAGAACUCGGCGGUGCCAAAGCAGGCCGCAUGGCCCAGAUCCACGCCGGUUUCCCCCACUCGGUCCCCUUCCACACUAUCAACAGACAAUGUUCGUCGGGUUUGGCCGCCAUCACGGCUGUCGCUAAUGGCAUCCGUGCCGGUGCUUUGAAUGUCGGUGUUGGUGGUGGAAUGGAGUCCAUGACCCGGAACUAUGGAUCCCGCGCCAUCCCUACCGUCCUCUGGCCUGAGUUGAAGGGAUCGCCAUCCCAGGAUGCUCAGGACUGCAUCAUGCCCAUGGGUAUUACCUCUGAAAACGUCGCUUCGCGGUACGGCGUCUCCAGAGUCGAUCAAGAUUUCUUUGCUGCUGAGUCGCACAAGAAGGCCUCUGCUGCUCAAGCCGCUGGCCUGUUUGACGCCGAAAUCACCCCCGUCAAGACUCUCACUCUCGACCCCGAGAACCCCGAUGCACCCCCCAAGGAGAUUACCGUGUCUCAGGAUGACGGUAUUCGUCACAACAUCUCCGCCGAGAAGAUGGCAACCCUGAAGCCUGCCUUCUCCUCCACCGGUGCCAGUACCGCCGGUAACAGCUCGCAGGUCAGCGAUGGUGCUGCUGCUACCUUGCUGAUGCGCCGUUCUACCGCAACUGAGCUUGGUCUGACUUCUUCUAUCAAGGGUCGCUGGGUUGGCACCGCCGUUGCUGGCUGUGCUCCCGACGAGAUGGGUGUCGGGCCGGCAGUUGCGAUCCCCAAGCUCCUUGAGAUGGUCGGCAUGGACGUUGCUGAUGUUGGUAUCUGGGAGAUCAACGAGGCUUUCGCCUCCCAGGCCCUUUACUCCAUCCGCAAGUUGGGAAUUGACCAGGCCAAGGUUAACCCCAAGGGUGGUGCUAUUGCUCUUGGUCACCCUCUGGGUGCUACCGGUGCCCGCCAGCUCGCUACCCUAUUGCCCGAGCUUGAGCGCGCCAGCCAGGAGGUUGGUGUUGUGAGCAUGUGCAUUGGAACCGGUAUGGGAAUGGCUGGUAUGUUUGUCCGGGAGUAAAGAAGAGAGUAAGCAUCUUUUCUUGGUUAUUUUUUUUUUUUUUGGUUCAAAAGCAAAUAGUAUGAUAUCAGCGUAAAUAAAUGUAUAUACAAGGAUAGACGAAAAGCGUCAACUCAUGAAAAGAAUGUAAUGUAUUUCAUGAAUAUGCAAUAUAAAAAUAACAAAAAUGAUAAAUAAAUAGCCAUAAAUGAUCAUCUUAAGCGGAGUGUAUGGAAUAAACGCC